AUGGAAAAUGAAUUGAAGCAGGAACUGAAUAGAAGGAUGAGACCAGCAUCGAUAGCAUUCGUACCCGUCAGGGAAACUACUGACCAGCUGACGGACCAACAUCCCCGUGCCCAUCUCUUUGACCCGACAGUUUUUCCAGCGCUCUGUUACACAGCGGAGACGUGGGCUGACAUCGCUGCCACAUCUAGGAAACUACUCACUACCUACAAAGCCCUUGAGAAAUGUCUUUUGAAGUGUAACCAGCGCACACAAGAGCCAGCUUUCGCAGCUCCGACUUACAAGCAGUGUCCCAUCUUCGCGACCCAUGUCGAAAGCAAAGCAUAG